AUGCUGUCCAAGCUGUCUUCCAUGCUCAACAGGAGGAGACAAUUGGACUCUUUAGCAUCACCAUUUCGAUUACCCCUCUAUGGAACCGAAGACUGCUCCUUGUUCGAACCUGAUUCCGUUGCCGACGACUUUGACUGGGCGAAUCGUAUUCUGGUCUGGUGCGCAUACGUCGUCAAGUUCUGCUUCGGUGCGAAUUCCGAGGGCACUGUUGAAACUGAAGAUCCGAAAAUAAGAGCCGAUCAAUGGAAAGCCAUCGAGGCCUUUCAGCAUAAUUGGGACACGCACCAGCCACCUCACUUCAAACCCCUUGCCUACCAAGAGCGAAACCCGGAAAUGGGGGAGUACUUUCCCACAGUAUGGCAUGCCAAUGAUUGUCAGGUGCUGGCCCUCCAGCACAUUGAACUCAUGCGAAUCGUCUUGGCUGUGCACGGGGCCAAGAACAAACGGCUAGGCAUCGGUGCGCAAGCUGCAAACCAGGUGCUGGAGGAGACCCUGAGGGAGUCGACCAGGAAGAUUUGCGGUUUAGCUAUCUCGAAUCGGAAGGACCAACCAUCAAUGGUCACAGCUGGAGUCGGUGUGUCGUUGUGUGGGGAGUACUUCCGUGACGAAGGGGAACAGAAAGCUGUAGUUAGCUUCAUGGAUAUGCUUGAGACGAUGCAUGCCUGGCCUACGAGCUCAGUGGUAGAUGCUUUGAGGACGGCCUGGAGUACGCACACCAAGGUGUGA